CGUUCAUUAGGCGAUGACUUAUCCUUGUAAAUCUAAAUAAUAUAUUCUAAAUUAUUACUUUACCAUGUUAUUUUACGACAAGUUGAUUUGUGGCAAACACGUCAAAUCCAAACAUGGCGGAAGUGUCAGACGAAAAUGACUGGAAUAAAGAGUUAGAAGAUGCAUUACUUCAGGAAUGUGAUUUUGGAUCAUUGCGCAAUAUUUGCAAGGGACGUCCUGUGCCACAAAAACACAGAGCAGAUGUAUGGCAGAUAUGCCUACAAGUUCAAGGUAAAGGAGAUGCUCUUGCUUCCUUUGAUGGUUUCUUUGACCUGAAAGAGCAAGCCCAACUUAGAGAUGAUUGCACACAAUUAGUUGACAGAUUAGGUAAUGAAGAAGAAGAGAAAGUGUCUGUACUUGGAGAUAUUGAGUCUAUAAUCACAUUCUUCUGUAAAUCACGAGGAGAGACUUAUAAGUCUGACAACGGCUGGCUAGAUAUUUUACAACCUCUGAUGGCAUUAAAACUGAGUAAAUCCGAACUAUACAACUGCUUUUAUGCUCUCACAAAUAAAUACAUUACAAGAGAUUGCAAAAAGAAUGGUAAACCUUUCCAUUUAUUUCGUUUACUGUUGCAGUAUCACGACCCAGAGCUCUGCUCAUUUCUAGACACAAAACGUAUCACACCUGAUAUUUAUGCACAAUCUUGGUUUCGAAGUUUGUUUGCCUCGGUUUGUGAUUUAAAGGUAAUACUCAACAUGUGGGAUGUAUAUCUACAAACGUCGGAUCCGUUCCUCUGUUUUUUCAUGGCUCUUGUUAUCUUAGUUAAUGCCAGAGAUCAGCUGUUAGAAGCUGAAGAUAAAGACAAACAGGCCAUAGUUGAAUUGAUAGCAUCAUUUCCAAGUGCUCUAGAAGCUGAGGAUAUUGAAGAUUUCUGUUCAUUAGCACAGUAUUACGCCUCUAAAACACCACAGUCAUUUAGACGGGACUAUGAGCGACCAUUGUAUGGAACAAGUCUAGGACAGUUGAAAAUCUCAGAGGAGUCCGAUCAACAGUUAUCGCAGAUGUUGUGCCUACCUGUCGGUGUAGGCGAACUUUUACAAGCCAACAGUCCUGCUGGGUAUAAGAGUAUAGAAGAUUGUAAUUUACAGGGAGAUGGAGUACGAUAUUUUGUAGUAGAUUGUCGACCAGCAGAACAAUACAACAGUGGACAUCUUCCUACUGCCAUGCAUUUAGACGCAAAUCUAAUGUUACAAAAUCCUGAAGAGUUUAACACUGCUGUACAGGGACUGUUCUCAGCACAGCAGCAAGCCAUACUUGCUGGAUCAGCCGCUGGUGGGGAACACCUUUGUUUUGUUGGCAGUGGACGUGAUGAGGAGGACCAAUAUGUUAACAUGGUAGUUGCCAACUUUCUACAGAAACAUCAACAAUAUGUCAGCGUAGCAAGGGGAGGUUAUGCUGCUUUACAUCAUUUAUUAAAUGGGCAAAUAAAUGAUGGUAUAGUGGACCACAACCCUAAAUCUUGUAUAGUUUGUGUACCGGAACUUGGUAAUAUAAGUGAUGCAGAGAGUGGUGACGACUUUAAACCUGCCAGUGCCAAGGGUGAUACUGGGGAUUCUAUUUUUGGAAGACUAUCAAAUGUUGUGAAGAGUAAAUCAACAGAGAUGAAAGAGAAAUUAUCUAACUACAUCAAGAAUGACCAAAUUGCAGAGGAGAGACAUAUUAGUAAUACAGACAGGGUGGGGAAACGGUACCGAAAUAUGGCAUCAGUGUUCACUAUAGGUGAUGAAGAUGAAGGUGAUGAAGGAGAGUUUCUGGACCAGUCUGAUGAUGAGAGGAGGGAGAUAGUUAGUCUGGAAACAUGGCUGAAAAAACCAGACAUUGUCUACUCAUGUCAGUGUAGAGAACUUGAUAAUAAUGGAUUCCUUCAUCCUAGCCAUAUUCUUGUCACAGACUCACACUUAUAUAUUUUACGUGAAAUACCAAAGAAGAAAGGAAUGGCAUACAUUCAGAGCCGUCGUGCACUGGGAACAAUUGUUAAAAUUACAUCUAAAAAGCGGCAUCCGGACUUGAUAACAUUUUCAUACGGUUCCAACGAGGAGAAAGGGAUUAAGAUUACCAAUAGGGACCGAUGCGUCAUACCGACCGCAGGGGAGGCAACCAAGAUUGUGAAACAACAGAUUAUGAAAGUUUUAGAUGCUUUGGAAAGCUGAUGACGUGUUGUGUUGAAUUUUUUCGAAUGCAUGAAAAGUGUGAUUAACAUACAAGUAGUUAGUGAAUUUGUUGACAACUUUCCCAGUUUUUGUCAUAAAAUACUCAAAUCCCCCUAUCCCAGAAAAUAUUGCUUUAGUGAAAGUUUAAGCUUUUUCAUACCCUAUAUUUGUAAAAUGGACUUUACCUUGACUGUCCAUUGUUGUUGGAAUAGGUGUCAAUAUCAAAAUAUGAGAACUUAUAAAUAUAGAGUCUGGUGUGAGGAUACUACAUGGGUGAGGAGGCUAGCCUGAAUUUAUACUGAUGAUGCAAUCAAGUUGAUAUCUAUCAGAACUAGUGCAUACGUUGUAUAAAGGUUAAUUAAUGGAAUUGAGGAUAAGAAAUAUUUAGAAUUGUUUGACACUUAAUUCUUAAUCAUGCAAUUGCAUUUUACUGAUUUCUGAAAAAAAAAUGACAUAAAAGGUCUUGAUUAGGUUUGAUUUCUGGUCUAUUUUUCAAGAUACAAGGUUUUAUGCAAAUGGAAAAGACAUAAAUGUUAACAUAUUAUAAUGUUGUUUUUUUUUCAUUGUACAGCUAAUUUGUACUAUAAUCUUGGUUCUUUAUUUCUGUUGGAGCUUUUGCAUAGAUAACUACAUGCAUACAGACAUCGUAUAGUUUCUAUUGCAACUGUGCAUUACUUUUAAUCAGAUGUGCUUGGGUAGGACUCAGAGCUCUUUCAGUGAAAAUAUUUUACAUUCAUUCCACGUUGGUUUAUUUGAUGUAUGAAUGUUUUCAUUUGGCCAUCAUUCCACAUAGAGAUUGAUGAACCUUUGACCUGCUGGUACCAAAAAUGAUUAACCUUUGCCACCAGUAUAGAGCCACACCAGCAUGCA